UCAUUAAAAGAUCUUUUGUUCAAUUAACAACAAGUGUGAAGUGUGCUGCUGCGCUAGCUGAAAAGGAUACAACACAUCUUUUUGGAUUACCAAUAAACCAAUCAAUUCUUUUCUCCAUUCAAAAUGAAAAACUUUGCACUUUGCCUGAUCGCCACUGCGCUGCUCUGCCUGGCCGAAGCUGCGCCCAAACCACAAGGCGGAGAACCCAUUGCCAUCAUCAGCCAAGAAUCGAACAUCGAACCGGAUGGUGCCUACAAUUAUGCCUACGAGACAGCUAACGGCAUCAAGGCAGAGGAAACUGGUACCGUGAAGAAGGCUUCGUCACCUGACGCCACCGAUGUGAUCAUUGUCAAGGGUUCCGUGUCGUACACUUCACCCGAGGGAGAAGUGAUCACCCUCAACUAUGCCGCCGAUGAUGAGAACGGCUUCCAGCCACAGGGCGCCCAUCUGCCCACUCCUCCUCCAAUCCCACCAGCGAUCCAGAAGGCUCUCGACUAUCUUCUCAGCCAGCCACCAGCAUCGCGUCGUCGUUUAACCAACAUGAAACUGAUUCCGAUCUGUGUUCUAUUUGUGGCAGUGACGGUGACGGUGGCGUUGCCCGUUGAUAACGAUGAUCCUAUCGUGAAUGAUUCAAAUGUCGAGUACAAUGGCAAAUUCCACACCCAUGUCGAGCUGCGCGAUGGCUCAACAUCAACGCAAGAAGGUGAACUGCGGGAAAUACAUGAAAAUCAAUACGGAGAGGCGAUCAAGGGACAUUUCUCGUUCGUCGGUGACGAUGGCCAAACUUAUGCCGUCACCUACACAGCCGAUGAGAAUGGAUUCCGUGCCGUUGGCGAUCAUUUGCCAACACCACCGCCAACACCAGAAUCGGUGCUGAAAACGCUGGAGUAUCUGCGAACACAUGCCCAGAAGACGAUCGAGCAAGAUCAUUAGACGAAGUGAAGCAAGUCAACCAUAUAUGUGAUUAUUAAUACAAAUUCAAUCAACUGUGAACCAAAAGAACUGAACGAGUCAAGUUAAUUAUAAUGAUUAACAAAAUAUACACAAAAUUAGCAAAUUCAA